UCACAGUAGCAACUGUUCACAUGAGUUGAACCAUACUUAUCCGCAUAGACAGUGCAGUGAGUGAACUUGAGUCUCGGCCGGCUGUCGUUCAUUGUCUAACAGGUGUCAAGUGACUCCACGGAUUUGAAUACCUUGAGGGCUUCAAUCGUAACUAGACAAUAGAACAUAGUAAACAUGAGGGAGAGGUACGUGACAACGUGUGCGACAUGUCGAAGCAUGUCGGCGUGACUGUCCGCACCGAUGGGAGGAUUUUAAUAAAAUCCGGAAGACCUUGGACAUGUGCUAUCGCUGGUAAUUGCUGCAGCGUGUGAUCAGUCUGGUGUGUUCUAUGCAGUCUAGUGAGAGACGGCUAUUCCCACGGAUGCGGACGGUUGUAAUCUGGUUGGAAUAAGGGUUUAUCGAGACGAUCGAAUUUCGAAACUGGUCGAGUCCACGUGACACGGAGUGCAGAUCAACUAACGAGUGACUAAUGGUCAUGUUAAAAUGAAGGCGUGAGCGCUCGGAUUAAUUCAUUUGAUGACAACCCGUAGAGGAGUCCAUCAUGGGAGCGGACUACAUGAUAACAGUGGCAAUUUUACUAGCGGUUGCCAACGUCUGUCAUGCCGAAUGUCAAACGAGAUCUGUCUACUGCUACGAGUGCGACUCAUGGACUGAUCUGAGGUGUAAAGAUCCCUUCAAUUACACGGCAUUACCCAGGGAUCAACCCCCUCUGAUGACCUGCAAUGGGUGCUGUGUCAAAAUGGUCAGGAAUCAGAGAUCACCUUACGAGAGCGUCCGAAGAACGUGCACAUCCCAACUGCAAAUAAACUUAUUUAUGGUGGAUCACGUGUGCAUGAUGGAAAGUACCGGCACUGGUCACAUGUGCUUCUGUGAGGAAGAUAUGUGCAAUCGGGUUUCCCCAUCCACGUGUUCCAAUACCACACUUCUAUUAAUCCUAUCAACACUCCUCAUUAUCAAUUCAAUCCUGACGAGUCCAGGCUUGCUUAAGAUCCCGAUAGAUUGUAGGAGGCCUCGAUGUUGGUCACAACUCGUAGCAAAAACAGUCGCAUCAUUCCUUCGAUUCUCAAAAACCUCAGAAUUCGAAAACCUAAACGGAGAGAGAAGUUGAAUAAAAAGUACUGGAAAAUUGUGGCAAAGAUUACUAUGUGAAAGGUAAUCGUGGAGCGAAAUUGUGGUUUAGCAAAAAAUACCUUUUGUAGGGGAUAUAUUACUAUUCGGUAAAAAAACAUCUAUGGAUGCAAAAAUUACUGUUCCCUGUUCAGUAAAAUUUCCCAAACGGUAGGGGAUUUUCUUCUGGCUUCGAUGUGAAGGACGUGGACGGGGAAUGGACGAAAGUGAAAUUUUACCGUACUCUGUUAGAAAUUUAUUGAAAUUUCAGCCACAGCGUCAUCUGAAUUCUCAA